AUGUUUUAUGCUACCUUAUUUCUCAGCAAGCGUGGGCCGCUGGCUAAGAUUUGGCUUGCUGCCCAUUGGGACAAAAAGCUAACGAAAGCCCAUGUGUUUGAGUGCAACCUGGAGACAACUGUGGAAAGCAUUAUUUCACCCAAGGUUAAAAUAGCAUUGAGAACUUCGGGACACCUGCUUUUAGGGGUGGUGAGGAUUUACCAUCGGAAAGCAAAGUACCUCUUGGCAGACUGCAAUGAGGCAUUCACAAAAAUUAAGAUUGCCUUUCGUCCUGAUAUUGUGGAUCUUGCUGAAGAAAACCUUGAAGCUACCUACAAUGCCAUAACGUUGCCUGAAGAGUUUCAUGAAUUUUCCAAUCAACUGCCUGAUGUGGAUGCAAUUGAUGUUGCUGAGCACUUUACGCUAAACCAGAGCACGGCUGAGGCGAUCACCCUUAGAGAAGAUAUGUGCAGUAUUCUUCACGAUAAUGGAUUUGGUGAUGAUUAUGGAAUGUUAAGUCAUAAUGGUACAUUGGAUGACAAUCUGAUGAGCACCAGUGAAUCCAUUUUUGCUCAAACACAAGAAAAUAAUUCCCAUAAUUCUGCAAAAGAAACAUUUGCAUUAAACGGUGAUAAAAAUAGCUUUCAUAAUGAUGGAUUUGGAGAUGAAGGAGCAGCUUAUAUGUUAGAGGAGCUUCUUAGUGGCGAAGCUGAAAAUGCUUUUGUGGAUUUUGCAGAUACUAAGGGAAGCAUUGCUAACGAUCUACCCAAUAAAAAGCUACGAACUAAUAUAACUGGUGAUUCAGAUGUUCCUGAUCCUUUGCUUCAAGCAGAAAGUACUCUAUAUGAUCAAACAACUCUGCUGCUCAAUGAAGAGGAGGGCUUUGCCUUACAGCCAGUUGAUACUACUGUUUCAUCAGAAAGAAAACGGGGUAAGAGGAGGCGGAAACUUACUGUGGAUUGUGUUAAGGAGCUCGAUAGUAAGACCAUUCGUGAACAGAUUGAAGACUUCUCAGACAUAAUCACAAUGAUAGAGCUAGCUCCACCCACCAAAAAGCUGAUGAUAUGGAAGGAGACAGGUGGAGUUGAAAAAUUCAACUCUCAGCCUGCCCAACCCUUAAUAAAUUACAGAUUAUUAAAGUUGUUCAGACAUUGCCUUAGAAAAAAUUUAUCGGGGGAACAAAAUGAUCAGAAUAAUGCUGCGGAGAGAAGAUCUGAUAUUGAACAAAUGAGAAGCGAGGAGUGCAAUGUAAUUGAUUUGCCCAGUAUGGAGGAGCCUUGUAAUCUGCAAGAUUCUAUAAUAAUUGAAUCCAGAAGGAGCAGUAUUGAUCACAGACCAAUGUCAACAGAGAAAAUAAGCAAAGAGCAGGACUGUCCAUCUGAAAACGAGAACUAUGGUUCUGUAAGAUCUGAUGUCGAUUUAAUACCAGUGGAGCUUCCUCUUGAGAACCCUUUAGCCAUUCAUCUUUCUACUAGAGAGGAGAGAGACAGUCAGCAAAAUAAAGUUGCGGAGCAAAGUGGAGCAGGAAAUCAGGAUUAUGAUGAGACACAUUGCAACAAAAGAUCACAGCACCUUUGGCACAGCCUACAGCGGAUCCAUCACAGAACAGGUACAAAGUUUUUCAGCCUACAGGAGUUGUGCAGGGACCACAAUCGCAAACAGGCUGCUGCUAAAUUCUACAGUCUCCUGAUGCUCAAGAAACAGUUGGUGCUUGAACUCAUCCAAAAAUCACCCUAUAGUGACAUCGUCGCAACCCCAGGAGCAACAUUUUACCUCUGAUUACGUACUGUAUUCUUUUUGUCUCUUUAAAAUAGUCUUCAGGAUUACAAGAAGUAUUUUUAUACCCUUUAACAUUGCAUUACAACUUAUGAUUCAGAUGAUGAUGACCAUUUCUCAAGCCACAAAUGUCUUAAGCUUUUUUUUAUAUUUCUGACCUGAGAUACUACAGCAGCCCUCCUGUGAUAAAGGAAGAGUUCACCUCAGGAUAAAGAUAGAGUUCCUCCCAGAGAAUUUAAGUUUCAAGUAAAUUAAAACACACUGACCAAUCCAAAAAAAUUCUCAGAAUUAAUUAGACUCCGCAGAGAAAAAUUCCUAGCUGAUCUACUGCUUCAGUAGCUUGUUGUCAACAUUCCCAUUAAUGCCUUGAGUGUAGCUUAAUGAUGGCAAGAAUUCAAAGGACAUUAAACAAAGGUCAGCCUGAAAUGUAAUAGCAGUACCACACACUACUUACACUGAUUAGAUACAGUGAGGUUAGCAGUUGGCCAAGGUGGGUAUUUUGGUCCAAUUGUCCUGUACUUCCAUUCACUCACUAAUGUUCAGCCCCACUAAGUUAAUUUAUAAGGGAAGAUUUUCCUUGUCCUGUGCCUGGGGUAUUGACCUGUGCUCAGACAAUACAGGAAAAAGGGAGGGAGGAGUGCACAGCCCUAAGGGCACCCACCCAGGCGAUCCAAUAGUCCCAGAAACAAGAAUAAUUAAUAUACUCCUAAAGAUCUAUGGUUGUUGAUGCACUUAUUUAUCUUGGUAUGUGGUGAAUGUCCUCAUCCUAUCAAUGUGUCCUGUUAACAUUGAGUGUUCAGAAAGAUUAUACAUUUCUUUAUAUCAGCAUAAUUUCAAUCAUAAAACAUUAUUUUAAGGUGUUAGUUUAAAAGUUUUAGGUUUGUAUUGUUUUGGUAUUUAAAAGCAGUUGUAUUUUUGCAAAUAGCUUGAUUUGCUUCACUUUGUGUUUUUCUAUUUGUUAUAAUCAUUCCUUAUGGCUGUAUUCACUUUGAAGGCAGGUAAUAAUUUUAUUAUGGCCAGCAAUAAUUGCCACAAAAUAAUUUGUAUUUGCUUCUGUUGCUCAAUUGGAAGUGUUUGCUUUGAGGUUUUUGGAACUGUGGUUUUUGGCUGUGAUUAUUUAACCUUUGUACGGAAAUAAACAUGUUUGCUGGUGUUUGCAAACA